AUGCAGACAGACGGUCCGCUGGACCUGAGCAGCAACGCCUCGCCGCCGGGCAGACGUCCGCAGUGCCAGCCAAUGGGAUCCAACACCGGCGUCGGUGCUGGUUCUGCUUCUGGUGGUCGGUCGCUGCUGCCUUGCCCCGUGUGCGCCAAGCGGUUCGACAGACCCUCCUUGCUCAAGAGGCACAUGCGCACACACACAGGUGAGAAACCACACGUGUGCGAGGUGUGUGGCAAGGGGUUCUCGACGUCCAGUUCCCUCAACACGCACAGGCGCAUACAUAGUGGCGAGAAGCCGCACCAGUGCCAGGUCUGUGGCAAGAGGUUCACCGCCAGCUCCAACCUCUACUACCACCGCAUGACGCAUUCCAAGGAGAAGCCGCAUAAGUGCAGCGAGUGCUCAAAGUCGUUCCCGACUCCUGGCGACCUCAAAGCGCACGCCUACACGCACAGCGGGUCGUGGCCCUUCCGCUGCGGAGUCUGCGGCCGCGGCUUCAGCAAGCAGACCAACCUCCGGAACCACCUCUUCCUGCACACAGGAGACCGGCCGCACCCCUGCACGCUGUGCGGUAAGAAGUUUGCGCUGGCGUGCAACCUUCGGGCGCACGCACGCACGCACCACCAGAUCGCCGGCGUCAGCGACGCUACGCCUCCGCCUUCAGCCUCGCAACCCGCACAGCCGGGACAGUGCCUGUCGUCGCCGCUUCGCUUCUGGCCGCCGCAUCUGGCGCCGUCUGCACCGCCGCUUCUUUCCUUGUCACUGGCAGAACUGCGAGCACUGCUGCUGGCACAGGCGGCCAAUCUGGCUGCACUACAGAGAGCUGCUGCUGCAUCCUGCCUACAGCACUCGCCUCAAACUCUGCAGACGCUGCCACUACAGCCCACACUGUCACAGCCCAUCCUCACUGCUGCAGUCACUGACAGUGAGACUGAGCGUGUCCACCCACUCACUGCCUGA